GGACGACGACGGAAACCGCACACCCAUCGCCACCGCCUCCAUCGCUCCACACCGGGCGUCCCGACACCGCUCUAUUGUCUACACAUACCACAUAUACCCGCCAUGUCCGCCGCACCUGCUUGCAUGCUCCUGGUCCCUCCGGCUCCUCUGGCACCGGCAAUGGCUGCCAACGAGGAGAGGCGGAAGCUGCCCGGUGGCAUGGAGAGCACUCGGACCAGCGCCGAGGAGGGGACGAUCAGCGUCAUCACGAGUGAGGACGAGUGUGCCGCCGGCGGGGACGACGUGGGGCGGUUUCGCCUGAGCAGUGAGACGCGGGCGGUGGUCCGGACGUUGACGUGCGAGCGCAAGCCUCUCGGGGAGGGCUUCGCGCUCUGGCGGAGCAUCGGCAGGCCUGAGCUGCAAGACUUGGAUCCUUUCCUGUCCUUCGACGAGUUCGAGCUUUCUCCACCAGCUGGUUUUCCUGAUCAUCCCCACAGAGGAUUUGAGACUGUCACCUACAUGCUCGAGGGAGGGUUCAGUUACCAUGACUUUUCAGGCCACAAGGGCACCAUCAACACAGGAGAUGUUCAGUGGAUGACGGCGGGGCGCGGCGUGGUGCACGCGGAGAUGCCAGGUGGGCAGGGCGUGCAGAGGGGCAUCAACCUCUGGAUCAACCUCUCCUCCAAGGAUAAGAUGGUGGAGCCGAGGUACCAGGAGCUGGCCAGCCACGACAUCCCCACCGCCGACAAGGACGGCGUAUCCGUGAAGGUCAUCGCCGGCGAAUGCCUCGGCGCGCGCUCCCCGCUCAGGCCCCGCACCCCGGCGCUGUGCCUGGACGUCACCCUGCGGCCCGGCGCGAGCCUGCGCCAGCCCGUCCCGCGCGGAUGGAGCGCGUGCGCGUACGUCAUCGACGGCGAGGCCGCCUUCGGCAGCGCCACCGACUCCGCCUGCUCGCGCACCCUCGUCGUGUUUGGCGGCGAUGGUGACUGCGUGGACGUGAGGGCCGGGCCGGUGGCCGCGAGGGUGAUGCUUGUGGCGGCGCGGCCGCACGGCGAGGCUGUGGUGCGCGAGGGCCCCUUCGUGAUGAACACCCGGGAGGAGGUGGAGCAGGCCCGGGAGGACUACCGCCACCGCCGCAACGGCUUCGAGAUGGCCGACGGCUGGAUCUCCGACCACGCGGCCACUGCCGCGGUGCAUUGAUACUCUUUUAGCCGGAGACCGGCCGACGGCUGGGAAUCCUAGGAUCGCUGACGGCGUCGUGCCAUGGUUGCUAUAACUUCUCUGCAUCGCACAUAUGUAAUUUUUGCGAUGGCAUUGUCAGUGGAUGGUAUCUAAGCGGUGAAAUUUUACGGGAAAAUAGUGUAGUAUUAAACGGAGGUGUUUGUAAUAAGGUCAUGAUCAAUUUGGAAUCAAUGUUCACAUCAAAGGCACGUUCCAUCUCAGGCAUGUACAAUGCAAUAUGAGUAUGCAAAGGCACUUAUUGUUGGAA